GGCACUUCUCGGGAAAUGGCGGUCCCCGAGCAGCCGCUGCCCCUGUCGAGAGGAUGCCCGAGCUCUGCUCUGUCCCCGCCGCGCGGCGACCGAACCCUUCUCGUGCGGCACCUACCCGCCGAGCUGAGCGCUGAGGAGAAGGAGGACUUGCUCAAGUACUUCGGGGCGCAGUCGGUCCGGGUGCUGUCCGAUAAAGGGCGACUGAAACAUACAGCUUUUGCUACUUUCCCUAAUGAAAAGGCAGCUAUAAAGGCACUGACAAGACUCCAUCAGUUAAAACUUUUGGGUCACACUUUGGUUGUUGAAUUUGCAAAAGAGCAAGAUGGAAUUCAUUCCCCAUGUACUUCCUCAGGCACUGAAAAAAAGAAAAGGUCUGAUGACACUGUGGAAGAUGAUAAAGGUAAAAAAGAUCUUGGCUGUUUAACCAUAGAAAAUGGGAUUGCGCCAAACCAUGGGCUGACUUUUCCUCUGAACUCAUGCCUCAAGUACAUGUACCCACCACCUUCAAGCACAAUCCUAGCAAACAUAGUAAAUGCUUUGGCAAGUGUACCUAAAUUCUAUGUACAGGUGCUUCAUCUUAUGAAUAAAAUGAACUUGCCCACUCCUUUUGGACCAAUUACUGCACGACCUCCCAUGUAUGAAGACUACAUGCCAUUGCAUGCACCUCUUCCACCUACAUCUCCUCAACCACCAGAGGAGCCUCCUUUGCCAGAGGAGGAUGAGGAAUUGUCUAGUAAAGAAUCAGAAUAUGAAAGCAGUGAUGAAGAAGGCCGACAAAGGAUGACUAAACUCAUGGAGUUGGCUAAUCUCCAGCCCAAAAGACCAAAACCAGUAAAGCAACGUCGUGUGAGAAAAAAGCAAAAAAUAAAAGAUAUGUUAAAUACACCUUCUUCUGCUUCACACAGCAAUAUGCAUCCAGUAUUGUUACCUUCCGAUGUAUUUGACCAGCCACAACCUGUGGGUAAUAAAAAAAUUGAAUUCCAUAUAUCUACUGAUAUGCCAGCUGCAUUUAAGAAAGAUUUAAACAAAGAACAAACUUUUGAGGAACAAAAUUGUGGAUUUGGAAAAAUCUUCCCCAAACCUAGUUUGAGCAUUGAAGAGGAGAUGAGAGAAGACUCUGAUGAAAUGCCAUCCGAAUGUAUUUCUAGACGAGAGCUGGAGAAGGGCAGAAUUUCUAGAGAAGAAAUGGAAACACUUUCGGUAUUCAGAAGUUAUGAACCUGGUGAACCAAAUUGUAGAAUUUAUGUAAAGAAUUUAGCUAAACAUGUUCAAGAAAAGGAUCUUAAGUUUAUUUUUGGAAGAUAUGUUGAUUUUUCUUCAGAAACACAACGGAUAAUGUUUGACAUACGCCUGAUGAAGGAAGGUCGUAUGAAAGGACAGGCUUUUAUUGGUCUUCCAAAUGAAAAAGCAGCAGCAAAAGCGUUAAAGGAAGCUAAUGGAUAUGUACUCCUUGGAAAACCUAUGGUGGUUCAAUUUGCUCGAUCUGCUAGACCAAAGCAAGAUUCUAAAGCUGGAAAAAGAAAAUGAUAAAAAUUGGUAAAGAAGCAUUCCUGCGUAAAUACUGCUGUAAUACUGUCAUACAAAGUGUAUCCUUUCUUGUAUCCUUUUUGGGGCACCGGUUUUUGAAUUCCCUAGAAAUGUUUUGUCCCUCUCCCACCUAUUGAUCCAGAUUAAGCAAUUAAUGCUUUUAAAAGAUUUGUCCAAAUGAAAUAUUUCUUAAAUUACCUGUUGAUUGAAAAAGUGUGGUUUUUACUUUUAGAGACGUUGCUGAAUGUCGUAUGCUGUCCUUUAAGUUAUUUAUUUUUCCAGGAAAGUUAGUGAAUCAGGUCAAUUUAUUUACUUGAAGAAUAUAUGCAUAUGCUUUGACACAGAAUUUAGUCUUGUUCUAUUUUUAUAUUUUCUAAAUCUAAUUCAGUAGCAUUUUCUGGUUUAUGAUGUAUCUCACUUAGUAUUCUGUAUAACAUAUUGUGAAAAAGGGGAAAGGGUUUUUCUUUUAAAAAGUACAUACAUUGAAAAUUAAAGUGUAUUUUUAUGUAAAUUUUAGCAAGAGCAGCAGACCUUGUAUCUGAUAAUCAGACCUUAUAAAUUGAAAUUUCCUUUGAGAUAGCGCAUAGGAAUAUUUUUAUUUUUAUUAAUCCUUCUAAACAAAUCAAAAGAAACAAGGAUAGCUGUGGGGAGAAGAUAUAAUGUUGACUCAGAGUAGUACAUUCUGUGGGGAAAAAACAAAUACUGGUAGGUAUGUUACAUGAAAGGUGUGCAGACUGGUUGAUGAACUGAAUCACCCAGAACGGGUUUCCAUUCUUGGCUGCACAAUGAAAUGAUCUGGUGAACUUUAAUACUGAAUUAAAAGAAAUUGAAAUGAUGCAAACACACACAUACACAUAUCCACCCCUU